AUGAUUUACCUGGCGCACACGGCCCACUGGCAGUUCCUGGGCCUGGUGACCGGGAUCGUGGCCUGGAUCCUCACCAUGGCCGCCGUGGGCCUCAACGAGUGGCGCCUGUGGCAGGUGGACGGCGUGCCGGUCAUCGCCUCGGGGGAGGCCUGGGUGGGCAUCUGGAGGGCGUGUUUCCACAGCCACGCCUUCCCGGCGGCCGAGCAGUGUCGGGCCAUCGGCCUCUCGGACGCCUUCGCCCCCCCCGAGAUCCCGGCGGCCCAGGUGCUGAUGAUGCUGGCGCUGGUUUGCGGCCUGGCGGGGAACGUCAGCGCCGGGGCGGCGGUCAGGAUGGCCUACUUCUCGCUGGAGAACCGCGGCAACGUCAGGUUGGCCUUCGUGCUGGCGGGGGCCCUCUACCUGCUGACCGCCGCCCUGUCCCUGGUCCCGCUGGCGUGGAACAUGAACUCGGUGCUCAACAACAGCACCAUCGACUUCCCCCCCGAGUUCCACUUCCCCGCCGCCCCCGUCAGGCAGAGGGUGGGCUCGGCCAUCGGGGUGGGCAUCUUCGCCUCCCUCCUGAUGCUCAUCAGCGGGAACCUCUUCCUGUGCUACUGGUGUGCAUGGAAGGGCCCCGAGCAAACAAAGGAUCCGCUCCACGGUCCCUGGACAGUAACAACACUGCCACAGAAUUGGGAUUUGGCCAGAGGUGAAAGCCAGGGCAGGGAUAAUCCCACAUUCCACAGUCAAGAAAUCUCCUGA